AUGGAUACUGACAGUAGUGACGAUUUUGAUAAUACUCCGCCAGAGAUAUUGGAAAAAGCUAAAAAAGUAACGAUAUUUCUAUUUCUGUUAGUCAAACAGUUGUGCGCACAAGAAGAGUAUGGCUACGACGAAUCUGAAGAUGUCUCUGAAUACAACGAAGAAGGAGACGAACAUGGUCAUCCAGAUUAUUCCAAAUACUUCUCAGUAGAUGGACCUGCUGCAAGUCAAAGCCAUCCGUUAGCUAGCUUUGCAGGAUCCGAAUUUUCAGGAUUUUUCUCACCGCAAUCUGUUGGACCUAGUUAUAUUUCUCAUGCACUGCCUGCUCUUAGUAAUUUUGGGGAAAGCAAAGCUGCUAGUAGAGACGACGUAGAAAGGAUCCCUCCCAGACCAAACAAACCGAAAACAACAAGUGAGGAUGAAGCAGAAUUUGAUGAUGAUGAGUCUGAUAAAGAUACUAAGCAAGAUGAAAAAAACGUAGACACCGAAGAAAAGAACGAUAAAUAUGGCCUGGAGCUCUUAAAAUAUUCUAAACCAUUCGUAGAUUACAACAUAGGCAAAUCUAGUAGUACUAUUUCCCAAUAUCCGUUGGCUACAGGUCUGUCUGACUCAUCUUCUAAAUUGACACCUUACCAGAAAUAUAGCUUUCAACCAAUUGUUCAAGCAUCUCGUAUAAUACCAGAUGAAUAUGUCAAUACCAAACCAAUCAAACCUUUUAAUCCAAAUUAUCUAAAGAAAAAUGAACCUGUUAAUCUUGAAAGUCAAUCAAGCGAAAAUGUUCCUAGUCAUUUGAAAAACCAUGAUUGCAGAGAAGUAGAGGGUGGUGGUUCAGAAGGAAUGAACUGCCUUGUUUGUACAAAUGCUGAGACUAAUUCAAAAUACACUCAAUGUUCUUACACAUCCGAAAAAGAACCAGUCGAAUACUACACAGGUGGAUCUGAGAGAUAUUCAUCACCUGCUAAAGAGGGUCAUUUCAGAUACAGAAGAUAUGCUAACAAAAAAGUUGACCCAUACUAUCUCAUCAGAGAAAGAUCCAGAAAAACUUUCGAUGAGCCAAGUAUUCCCGAAGACUACAGUUCAGGUUUUCAAUACGAACCAGAAUCAUAUGAACAGAGCCCGUCAGAAGUAAGCUUUUCAGAACAACAAUCUGAAGAACUAAAGAAGAAUCCCCAAAAUUGCAAGAAAGUUGAUAAAGAUGGUUCGACUUGUACUGUUUGCAGGAAUCCUAAAACCGGUGCCAACUACGAGCAAUGCUCCUACACUUCAUCACCUCAAGAGAAGAAAUAUGCCUACGUAAAAGAAAAAAAAUACGACAGUGAUGAUGAACCAGAGGAAAGUAAAGUGACAACCGAAGUAAAACCAGCACCCACAGCUGAUUUAAAAGUUGAAAAUACUGAACAAAAAGCUGAAAUUAAAUCAUCAUCCAAAGAUUUCGAACCAGUUGAAGAUUAUGACGGACAGAUAGAACAAGAUACUAGAAAUCCCAAGAAACGUAAUAACGAUGAUCCUAUACAAUACGAUACGUAUGAAAAAAAUAGAAAAAAUAGUGAGCAAAGGUUUUUGAAGGACAAAUAUGAUAUUCCUAAUUAUUUUGCCGAAAGUGUGAAACACGAAUCUAGAGAUAAAAAAAGUGAAGAUGAUGAUUCCAAAGAUUUUGAUGAAUAUCACUUUAAAUUAUUCCCAGAACUGUCUAAAGAAGAAUCAAAACAGGAAGAUGCCAAUGAGGAAUAUCAAAUCCCAGAAUCCACCAAACAUAAUGUAGAAGAAGUUUUAGCUGAAUUUACCAAAAAAGAUAGAUCUAACUGUAAAAAAUCUGAGAAAAAUGGUAUGACAUGUUUUUUGUGUGUAGACCAAAAUAAAAUUCAGCAUGAAGAAUGUAUGUUUAUUCAAGAGUCAAGGCCAAAAUCUUCUCAUGUUGCUUACCACCAACUGAAGGGAAUAAAGAAGUUGGCGGAAGAAGAAGACGAACCAACGGAAGAAACUAAAAAUAAACCAGUCUUAACAGAAGCUGCCAAACCACAAGAUAUUGUUAUAGUUCCAUCUGAGAUUCCUAGUUUAUUAGCUGCAGCAUCUGAAAGAUUUGAAGCAAAAAUUCCGUAUAAAGAAACAAAAGAUAAAUACAAAAAAAAGAGAAGUCCAAAAAAAUAUAAGAAGAAAUCGAAACCUGAAGUAGAACCUACAUUAAAAACUCCUACGGAAUUUGAAGUUGGAGAUGAAGAAGGAGCAUUCAGUGCCGAAACCAGACCUGUUCAAAGUAAAUUACAUGGAGUAGUAUUGCCAAAAUAUAUGGUAGAAAAGUCUGAAUUUGAAAAAGAGUUUGAUGCAUUUUCAGGUGCACCGUAA